AUGGCUUCUCUGAAAUUGUAUUUUGCUUCGGAGAUCCGUGAACGGAGGAGGUGCAGUUCUUCCAGUGCCGAGUUCUUUCCGGCGGGGUUUAUCGAAUGUAUCUCUGGAGCGCCGCACGUCUCCGGAGGCAAUGCGGUUCGCAGGAAGAGCGUUGUGAAGAGAAGUGGUGCGAGAUUUCACGACCUGCUCAUUGGCCUUAGAGAAGAGAAAUCAUCUAAUGAUCCGUCCUGUAGACUGAAUCGUAUUGGGGUCGUCGGCCUGCAAGAGAUUGGGGGAGCAUCCCCAGUACCCGAGCUAGUCGAGGAAAGCAAGCAAGAGGGAGAAGCUGAUGAGGCCUGCGAAGGAGAUGGCGUCCCUGCGAAGAACUAUGCUUCCAAUUUAGCGAAACUCAAGAAGAUGGUCCUUGGCGAAAACAUGGGCACAAGGCAUGAGAGAAAGGUGCGGGACCGCCUUGUGGCUUCCGAGGGGGAAAUCCGCAGAGAUGCUGCUCCCUUACCCAUCUCUGCAAAAGGGGGAAGAUCAAAGUUUGUGAGGAGGGACGCAGAUUUGGAGGUCUCUAUGUCUUCUGUGGGGCUCCAGACAAGCCAGGAACGCUGCAACUCCAUCCUCAAGCAGUUGGAGCAGGACGGUGAUGAGAAGAUGUUGAAAUUUUUUGAGUUGAUGAGAAUAAAUGGGAAAUUGGCACAAAAUCCAACCGCUUACACCACAGCCCUUCGAGCAUGGGUGAGGAAGGGAGAUUGGCUUACAGUGGAAGCAUUGCUCCAAGAGAUGACUUUGUCAGGUUGUGAGUUGACCUGCGCGGUUUUCAACUCACUCAUCCUCGAAUGCAGUAAAAGAGGGAUUGUGAACAUUGGGGCAAAAUUGUCUCAGAUGAUGCUAGAUAAAGGGAUUCGACCUGACAAAGCGACCUUCGCCAUGCUUAUGACCCUUUACCAAAAGGGUGGCAAUCUCUCUGAAGCCGAGCUGACCUUCAAUCAGAUGAGAAGCAGUAAGACAAAGUGCGUGACUGGUUAUUCAGCGAUGAUCACUAUUUAUACGCGGACUGGGCUGUAUGAUAAGUCAGAGGGCAUCAUCAACCUCAUGGAGGAAGAUGGAAUCCCACCAAAUCUUGAGAAUUGGCUGGUCCGGAUAAAUGCUUACAGUCAGCAAGGAAAGCUAGAAGAAGCCGAAUCAGUGCUGAAGUCAAUGAGGGACGCAGGGUUUUCGCCAAACAUUGUUGCAUAUAACACCUUGAUCACCGGAUACGGAAAGGUUUCUGACUCCGAUGCUGCCCGGCAUCUGUUUCAGGGUCUCCAAUCUCUUGGCUUGAAGCCCGAUGCGACAACAUACAGGUCCAUGAUCGAAGGAUGUGGUAGAGAGGGUAACUACAAGGAGGCUAGACGAUUCUAUUUGAAGCUAAAAACCGCAGGCUUUCGUCCGAGCUCGUCGAACUUCUACACCAUGAUCAACUUACAGGCGAGGCAUGGGGAUGACGACGGUGCUGUUCAGAUUCUCAAAGACAUGAGGUUAUUGGGCUGCCAGUAUCCCUCAAUUCUUGGCAUUCUUCUCCAGGCGUAUGAGAGGGUGGGGGGAGUGAGCAGGGUUCCUCGCAUGUUGAUCCCCUCCUUCUACGAGGACAUCCUCGCUGAUCAGACAUCUUGCUCUAUACUGGUCCUGGCAUAUGUGCAGGCCUCCUUGUUGGAUGACGCCUUGGCCAUUCUACGGAAGCGGAAGUGGAAGGACUCUGCAUACGAAGACAACUUGUACCAUCUUCUGAUCUGUUCCUGCAAGGAGGCGGGCAGCUACGAGAACGCCGAUAUCAUCUUCAAGCAGAUGUUGGAACUGGGGAGAGACCCAAACCUGCACAUCACGAGCUCCAUGAUCGAUAUCUACGGAUCCAUGGGUAGGUUUCAGGCCGCAAAGGAUCUUCAUCUGAGGCUGGAGGCCUCUGGGGUCCCCCUGGACAUGGUCGCAUACAGCAUACUCGUGAGGAUGUACGUGAAGGCCGGGUCCCUCGAGGAUGCUUGCGCCGUUCUAGAAUCUAUGGACCGGAGGAAAGAUAUUAUCCCCGACACCUUCCUCUACCGCGACAUGCUGCGGAUAUACCAGCGCUGCGGCAUGCGGGAGAAGCUGGCGGACGUCUACUACAGAAUGCUGAGGAGCGGGCUGGCGUGGGAUGAGGCGAUGUACAAUUGCGUCAUAAAUUGCUGUGCCCGGGCACUGCCCGUGGACGAGAUUUCCAAGCUCUUCGACGAGAUGAUCGGACACGGGUAUGCGGCAAACACGAUAACCUUCAAUGUGAUGAUGGAUGUCUAUUGCAAGGCGGGUCUCCUGGUGAAGGCCAGGAAGCUGUUCUCCAUGGCCAAGAAGCAGGGCUUGGCCGACGUGAUCUCCUACAAUAUCAUCAUAGCCGCUUAUGGGCAAGCCAGGGACUUCCGGAGGAUGGAGUAUAUCGUCCAGCAGAUGCGGAUUGCCGGGUACCCGGUCUCACUGGAGGCUUACAACUCCAUGCUGGAUGCGUACGGAAAGGAAGACCAGGUGGAGGAGUUCAAGUGCGUGCUGAAGAAGAUGAAGGAGCUGAGGUGCGACUCGGAUCAUUAUACGUAUAAUACCUUGAUUAACAUAUACGGGAGGAAAGGCUGGAUAGAGGAGGUGGCUGAUGUUCUUGCCGAAUUAAGGGGGAGGGGCCUGGAGCCCGAUUUGUACAGCUACAACACGUUGAUUAAGGUGUAUGGGAUUGCUGGGAUGGUUGAGGAGGCGGUGGAUGUCGUGCGGGAGAUGAGAGCACAAGGAGUUCAGCCGGAUCGAGUGACUUACAGUACUCUCAUUUGCGCUCUUCAGAGAAACGAAGAGUUCCUGGAAGCUGUGAAAUGGUCUCUCUGGAUGAAGCAGAUAGAGCUGGGCAGCUGA